CAGCUGUGUGUGGGGGCGGGUAGACUCCAGCAAACCCCUCCUCCUCCCCUCCUAUUGGGCUGUGCAAGGGCUACGACGCGGUGGGAUGGGUUGUGGGGGGUGGGUUGCUGCGUCUCACGGCUUUGCGGCUGAACUCGCCGGUAGCUUAGCGGGACACCGUGUUUUCAUCUCUGGGAUUAAAACCUGAAGUAUCGCUCGUGCGGCAGUGGAAAGCGCUGAAAGCCUCCGGAGGAUGUGGAGAUGCUGAUCCGGGCCCGUGAGCGCGCACAGGCGAACUGACUCGCUCUAGUUCCGUUUGGACACAUUUCUCGAGCGCGUCCUCUCCUGGCAUCCACCUGCCUGCCCAUGGAGGGACGUCGCGAUGCUGUGCACAAGGAGAACUAAAACUUUGGUGUCAACAUGCGUAAUCCUGAGCGGUAUGACCAACAUCGUGUGCCUGCUGUACGUCGGUUGGAUCACCAACUACGUGGCCAACAGCGGUCCUAAAGUUGCGGAGAGCGGCGGCGGCGGCGAGGCGGAGAGAAAGUUGGAGGAGGACAGCAAAGGUGAAACCCUGAGGAUUAUCGAGAGGCUGGACCGGCUGGAGAGCGUCGUCAACGAGCACAUUAAAGAAACUCCUCUGAAGGAUGGGGAAGAUGCGGCAUCCUCGUCAGACGCAGCCUCAGACCCUGCCUCCUCACUCUUCAACCACUGGGGUCACGACCUUGGCCCGGAAAGCCGAAGGGUUGCCCUCAAGAAGUUCAAGUACUAUGGCUACAACGGUUACCUUAGCGACCGCAUCUCCCUCACCCGCCCGAUUCCAGAUUUACGGCCUGACGGAUGCAGAAACAUGUCCUACUCAUCAGACCUUCCCCAGCUCAGUGUCAUCUUCAUCUUUGUCAACGAGGCCUUGUCGGUGUUGCUGCGCUCCAUCCACACGGCCAUCCAGAGGACUCCUUCCCACCUGCUCAAAGAGAUCAUACUGGUGGAUGACCACAGCAACAGCUUGGAGCUAAAGGAGCAUCUGCAGAACUUUGUGGAUGAGACCAAUGCUCAGCACGGCCCGGGGUUCAUCAAGGUGGUCCGCCAUGAUAAGCAGGAAGGACUGAUCAGGUCCAGAGUGAGCGGCUGGAGGGCAGCUUCUGCCCCUGUUGUCGCUUUGUUCGACGCACACGUGGAGUUCAACACUGGAUGGGCGGAGCCUAUUCUGCAGCGAAUAAAGGAGGACCGGACCCGGGUGGUCUCGCCUUCAUUUGACAACAUCAAGUAUGACACCUUUGAGAUCGAGGAAUACCCUCUGUCUGCUCAGGGCUUCGACUGGGAGCUGUGGUGCAGAUACCUCAACCCGCCAAAGUCCUGGUGGACGCAGCACAACAACACGGCGCCUAUCAGGAGCCCUGCUCUGAUUGGCUGCUUUGUGGUCGACAGGAAAUACUUUGAAGAGAUUGGCCUGCUUGAUGAGGGCAUGGAAAUUUAUGGUGGAGAAAAUGUGGAGCUUGGAAUCAGGGUGAGACGUGCAGGUGGCAGUGUAGAGGUCCUGCCCUGCUCUCGGAUCGCCCACAUCGAGCGUGCCCACAAACCCUACACGGAGAACCUGACGGCUCACGUCCGCCGCAAUGCUCUGAGGGUGGCUGAGGUCUGGAUGGACCAGUACAAGAGUCACGUCUACAUGGCCUGGAACGUUCCACUGCAGAACUCAGGAAUAGACAUCGGGGACAUUUCAAAGAGGAAGGCCCUGCGGUCAAGACUCCGCUGUCGACCGUUCAGCUGGUUCCUCUCCAACAUCUACCCUGAGCUCCGAUCCUACAGCGACACAGUUGCGUAUGGCGUGUUGAAGAACAGCUUGAGAGACGACCUGUGUCUGGACCAAGGACCUGACACUGACAACGUCCCCAUCAUGUACCUGUGCCAUGGUAUGACGCCUCAGAACGUGUACUACACCAGCUCCCAGCAGCUUCACCUGGGAGUGCUGAGUCCGACGAUCGACGACGACGACAACAAGUGUCUGGUUGACGUGAACAGCAAACCCAGGCUUCUGGAGUGCAGCUACGGCACUACUAAGCACAUGAAGCUCACCUGGACGUUCACUCAGGGGGGUCCCAUCCAAAACAUGGAGUCGCAGCGCUGUCUGGAGCUGGUGGAGAGCCGACAGUCAGAGUUCAGUUUCCAGCUGGCAAUUCAGGACUGCACGGAUCAGAAAUGGACCAUCACCAACAUACUGACUGUCCUGCCACAGUGAACGUAGUGACACCAGUCAGACAUUAGGAGACCUUUCAUGUGAUGGACUGGUCUAACUGAGGAAGUCUGCCACUUCACACCGAAAAACCAAACUGACCCAAAGCCAGGAUGGACCAUCAUAGAGGUCUGGUGCACAAAUGAUAGUCCAGUUAGAGAUGGACUAACACACUGACCUCAGCAUCAAACUAAGCUCUCAAAAAGUUAGUUUCAGUACUGGACUUAUUUUUAAGGAGAAUCUGCAUAGAAGCAGAUGUGCUCCAAUCAGACACGGACCAUUAGUAACCUAAUAACCAUUUUAUACCAAUGACCUGGGAGAAGAGACACUCACAGAUGGAGCCGGAGCUCUUAAAACUCCCCACUCUGCGAUGGAAAUGAGAAAUAUAGCCACUUGUUCCGGGAGACAGGCUCAUGAAAUCAUGUAAGCAGUCUGGUUAUUGCAGGAGCGGGCCUGUGAUGUAUUCUGGCUCCCAGUCGGUAGUUUAAGUUCAGGCCUGAGCUGCCACAGCCACAUCACACUAUCUCAAAACAAAUUGAGUGAGCGCGGUUCAAUAUGUUUGCGUGCAGACGGACAGAUGCGAGGUGAGCGUAUUGUUGCAAAGCAGCCGGCGUGUUGCUCACGUUUGAUUUUUAGGGCAGGUUUUAAAUCGUUACCAUCACCGCUCGACUGGAGCGGAGCGACCGAGCAGGUGCUGUAGAUUUCCUGAUGUCACUAAAAAGGAGCUGGUCUAAUGAAGAAUACCACAGAGUGAUUUAAACUGGCACUGUGAUAGAAACACCGUCACUCAGGGGUUUCAGAGUGUGUUUUGGGAUUAAAUGGUUUACAGACAGAACCGCCAAUCAUUCUGGCGUGUGUGUACACAUCUAAACAGAAAUCUGGAAACACCUGCCAGGACAAAAGACUUCGUGAUGUGGAGAAGAUGGAGCUUCAUUCCACGGCAUCCGUCCACUGACACCUGGAGCAGUGUGCUGCAGUGUGCACGAUUUUAGAAAUGCUGAAUUAUCUCUGCAGAAAAACAACAACUAACUCUCAGAUUUCCUCACUAUUUAAAAUUUUAGUUUUUCUUUUAACUUUAUCUCAAAAAUCAUGUUUCAAAGCCCUCUCAACACUCAGAAAUAUAACGUGAGUGCAAAAAUAAUCCAGUUGGAUCAAAAACCUACAGAUGUCGUGUUGGUUGCCCACAGGUGGCUGUGUAUCAGAUGCUUUGCUUUGACUUUAAUAGAUACCUGCAGUAUCCCUCAGCAUAUGGAAAAAGUGGGAAUGAUGUGCACAUUUGCCCUUUCAGCACCAGACUUUUUGUUAAUAUGGUGGGGGGUUUGUUAUAAACCAGCCCUGCUCACGUUGGCCCAGCUCGGUGUCUGACUACAGUUUUCAUCCUCACAUUGUCUGGCUGCAUCUGUGCUGUCUGUAAAUUACUAACUGCUCCCAUCAACUUUUUCUCAUUGACCUUAUAAAGGAUGCCUCUCCAACACGUUUGAAGAGAGUAAUCACACAAUGCAACCUUAGAGCAGCAGAAGACGUGGCCACAGCGCUCUCCUCGACGGCUCUGGCUUUUAAGAGCUUACAGCAGAGACGCAGUGAUGAGAGCGCUCAGUCCAUCAUGGUGACUGCUGAGGUCAGUACAGGUCAAAGUCACACCUAAACUAAGAAUUUGUUAGGGUGGCCCAAACCUUGGCUAAAUAUUCAGAAGAAUUAAAUACCACAGAACGUGUACUAAACCUGAUUUCAGGUCCAUCGUUUAUCACAGCAUGUCGGCAAUACUCCUACACGGUCCUCAGAAGAUGUCUAAUCAAGACAAAUAAUUGAAAAUGCCUGCGUAGGUGUAGCAUAAAGGUGCAGAACCUCAGAUAUUUAUUAUCCUAUUUCAGACACUUCCUCCUUUUUCAAUUUUAAACUUUUCAACAAGAAACGCGGCGUUCUUUUCCCUGGAUUUAGAGGUCACUGCUGCCCGCUCGUUGAGUGCCACGUGAAUGAAAAUUUAACCUUGGAUGGUUGUUCAUUCAGAAUACACAGCAAAAAGUAUGAAAAGAUCACAGUAAAAUACAGAUAUUUGGAGUUUUAUGAAUUUACAAAUCCAGCUGUGGUUGUUUUCAUCCAGUCGUCACAGGUCUGAAUUUCAGGCUAAUUUCUUUCAGCUGUUCUUUUUUCAGGGUGAAUCGCUGCAUUUCAAUGACUUAAAAGAAAAGAACUGCGUGCACAAGUUUAAACUUAUUUUGGAUUUUCCAUAAUCGACACAUGGUCAGAAGUAUACGUACAGGCUAAGGCCCAUUAACUUGGUGAUCAUGAUUGAAUAAAACUUGUAGUUUCUUUGCAUCAUUACAAAGGACUGCGCUCAUUGGCCCGCCCAUACUCGGAGCAAUGGGACGGUCCAGGGAACUCAGUGAAGAAUUAGUGAAAAUGCAGAUUUACAUAACUUGGGAGAGUCUCUUGGAGCCAUCUCUAAACAUCUGUAGAUUUCAAGAUCAUCAGUUCAAACAAUUGUAUAAAUUAUUCAGAUGUGUCACCACUUUGCAGACGUCUGAAAGAAGACGAAACUGUCUCUCUCAUGUCAGAGGCAGCUGGUUAGGAAUCCAAAAUAAAUUCAAACGUGUGCACCCAUUUCAUGCUUUGCAUCAAAGAAGUUUACCACACAGCCACCCCACUGUAAAAAAACAUCCCACCCCAAAUUAGCCUGACAUCCAUGGCUGUGAUGAGUGGAUGCAAACUUCUCACCACAGCUCUGUUUUUCUCAACUUUGAAUGCUGUUGGCCGAGGCUGGGAAAUAUGGACCAGACUGACACUUGUAGGCUGGAUAUACAGUAUCUUAAAUGAAAGCAACAUGUAAAAUAUCAUAGGUUACACUUAAAUGGCUGUUUUUUAGACAGGAGCGACUGUAGUUUUUAGGAAUCUUCCCCACAGUCAGUGUGGAUAAUCACCUUUAUUGUUUGCUGUCAAAGUUUCACGUAGCCUAAAAGCUCAAAGCUGGUUUACAGAAGGUUUGUCCUGAACAUUGAAACAACUAAUGCCAGAAGACCGAGAGCCAUUCACUAUGAUUCAAAACAAACAGGUCAUUAAACCACCAAAAAGUGCUUUAAAGACAGAUUAGCAACACAACCUACACCUUCCUUAAACAGGUGUUAAAAGUUCCCCGUUUCCACAACCAGCGUUGAAUUUUAAACUGAUCUCAUCAAGGAAAACAGUUUUUCAGAUGAUUCAAUGCAGCUUUAAAGUGGACUGAAAGUGGCCCAACCCAAACCCUCCACGAUGGCUCACAUGACCUCAGCAUCCAGGUGAAGGAAGGAAACAAAACAAAAUUACACAGCAUCAACAUCUGUAAGGAAGGAGACCGCAUCCAUAGCAUUGCUACAAACUGCAGCUGCAACUUUCUGACGUGAUCAGAUGUUUAGGGGAUUAGCGACACCCGAGAGGAAGACCUCGGUGUCUCUUUGAAAGAAUUAGCAAUUCACUAAAAUGGGAGCAAGCACGACAAUCCAUCCUCCACCACCUACUCGCUGCAGUGAGGUCUUUCUGCACGUCUGUGUGGGCUUUUCAAAGGUAUCCUGAAAGAUGUGUACUCAUCACAAACGAGUUAUGUGCAGAAUUAAUGCAGAAUCACAAAAAGUAACUGAACAGAUGGGAAUCUAGAUAGUGGACAAGUUUCUGAAGGGGGAACUUUUUUCCCUUGAAAAUUCUCCAACAGGAAGCAAAAUCAAUACAAACACUGGUGUGUGUGUGUGUGUGUGUAUUGUGUGUUU